UAAAUGUUGGUUGGGUUGUUAUUUACUUGUAUCAUCCCUACUCUGCCUACAUUUUUACACAAAAAUUUAAAAAAUAAUUUUGUAAAACAAAGAGUUAAGAGCUCGCAUUUAUAUGUAUUACUAAUCACUUCAUAUUAGUAAUGUCGCUAGUGGAGGCAUAUCGGUCGAACUGGCUGAUAGCCACUUUUGGAUGCAUACUUCUAAUUGCUGGACUCUCUGUCCUCUCCUGGAACGAGGGCCGAGCGGUGCACAGAACUUUGUCACUAGAUGAAGCUUUGAACGAUGCAAUAACGCUGGAUUCUAAUGACGAAUUAGAUUACAACUAUAAUGGGCGCAUAGUGCAUUUAACCGGUGCCAUAGUGAUUGGAGAGCCACUUACCGAACCAGACUAUAAUAUUCAAGUUUUAGCGGUAAAGUUGAAGCGACGAGUACAAAUGUUCCAGUGGGUAGAAGAGACAGUUGAACAUAACUACGGUGAGAGUAUUGCGUCUGUACAAACCGAAAGUCGCUCGUAUUAUUACUAUACGGAAUGGCGGGAUAAAUUAAUUGACUCCCGAAAUUUUUACAUACAAACUGGUCACCAAAAUCCCAAUCGUUUCCCCGUGGAAAGUCAAACGCAAAUCGCCGAUGCAGCGUUUAUAGGAAAAUACGAGUUGGGUAGCGAAAUAAAAAAUAAAUUUACAAACUAUGUGGAGUUAACAUCAGACACAAGGCCAGAAGAUCCUACGAUCAAAAUGCAUUUAGGACUCUACUACCACACGAACGAUGUUUUCAAUCCGGAAAUAGGCGACACACGCUUAUUAUUUUCUUUUGCUGGAAUGGAGGGUGAAGUAUAUACUGUAGUUGGGAAAUUGGCGAAUAACAAAAUAUUACCAUACCGCACUAGUAGAGGAGUUGAUGUUCUGCUCGUAUACAGCGGUGAACUCGGUCUAGGUGAAGUAUUUAAGUUGGAGCAUCAUGCCCAACGACUAACAACAUGGGGCUAUCGCUUUAUGGGUUGGGUACUUGUUUUCUUCGGUGUAACUUGCACAUCUACACUUUUACAUAUUAUUCUAAGUCAUAUUAAUUUUCUCGCCGCAUUGGCGCCGGAUCCACUCUAUCCCGUUGGCGCCAACCUAUUUCUGUCACUUUCAAUCGCCUUGAUCAUUGCUUCCAUCGCUUGGAUAUUGCAUCGGCCAAUGAUUGGAGCUAGUUUAUUAUUUGCUGCCGCCUCACCAUUUGUGUGGUGUGCUCGUAGUGUAGCAAAUUACCAACCCAUGAAUUAAAAGUUUUGAUUUAGUUUUUGAAGUUGA